UCGAUUUGGUAUUAAUUGAAUAACUUCAAUAGAUCUUCACAAAAUGUUCAAGCUUAGAUUGUUCGUUUUUGUAAUGGUUAUCGCUAUGGUGGCAGUCAACGUGAUGGAAGUUGAAGCUGCUCCAAAAGAAGCCGAAUCCUACCAGAACCAAAACCUGAAAGCCUACCAUCCAGUCAAGGUCGAAAUCAAAAUUCAUCAUGAGGAAAAACAUCACAAAGAAGGCGGUGGAGGUGGUGACUAAACCGGCUUAACUUAUAUAUGGAGAUGUUUUUUUUUUAUGUAUGGAUGAGCAACUUAAUUGUUUUUGUUUUCUUGUUCUUUUAAUAUAAUGGUUUUAUUUGCUUGUUUUUGAUUUAUUAGAAAAAUGGUAGGAAAUAAGAGCAAUAAUCAAAUUGCAAAAAUAUAUUAAGAGUUGAAGAAAAAAGCCUACAGUUUGAGUGCCCUUAUAACUACCCUGUAUAUUUGUCUUAUAUCACAAUAAUGAGUUCAUUAUCAUUCAGUGAUGGGCUCCAUGUCCAUGGUCUACAGCGACUGCCACAGGUCUAAUUUGGGUCGAAACGACAGGCACUUGGGAGACAGUCUAAAAAAAAUUAUAGUCAAUUUCAUUUACAAUGUUUUCGAAAUCUGGUACUUGUUGUAUUAAAGAUCCAGGAUGGAUAAUAUCAAAUCUGGACUGAGUACUGAAAGCUGUUGGUAUUGCUUGGGCGUGUCCUGCAGGGAUUGUUGAUACACUCACUACAGCUAGAAGAAAAUUCUAAUUUUAUUGAAAUAAGGUUUUUUUUUACUCCAUCUAUACCAUUUC